AUGGUUACUUUUUGUGGCAGGAAAGGGCCAUGCAAACAAGACAGUAAAUGGUCUGUUUUGGUUUGUAUCUGUGCCACUAUCUCUCAAGCCUUGUUGAUGGGCAUCGCGCAAGAUUUCGGUGUCUUUUUGCCGGUGAUUAUGAAUGAGUUCUACUCUAGCAGAGAACACACAGGUAUUGGACUUGCUUUCAUUUAUUACGAUUGAAGAGGACACCGCGUAGUAUAUGUUUAUAUCUUUGUCAAUUUAAAUGAAUUUGAUGGUGAUUUAUAAAUUUUAAAGAUUACCACAUUAUCUGAUCUACGUUGCAAUCGCCUUACCGUUCGGUUCGUAACGCAGGCUUUCCAGUCACAGAUCCGUUAGCGGUAUAUUUUCGUAUGGUUUUGUCCAUAUCUUUAAACAAUAACAAUCUUUCGAUUUUUCUUUAUGAGACAUCAAUGCAAAGUCAAAAGCUUGCCUUGCUUCCAUUAGCACGACUUGAUAUGGCGUGAUUCGGCGCGUGUGCGUCCUAUGUUUCAAAGGGCUCUUUUAAGAAAAAAACUUACGGAAAAGCUUAUUUCUUUAAUUUUCAAAGUGACCAGUCCGGCUGACCAUCAUUGAUUUUUCUCUUUUCUACGUAUACAUAGCUUGGAUAGGUUCUAUAGGAAUUGCCUUGACCUUUUUCCUGUCUCCUCUAACUGGACGGCUGGGUGACCGCUAUGGAUCUCGUCCCAUAAGUAUCGUUGGUGGCUUGUUUUGUUCCUUGGGUCUCAUCCUGACUUCGUUUGUGAGAAAACUCGACCUGUUUUUUGUGACAUAUAGCGUCUUGUUUGGUUUCGGCGUCAGCUGUUGCCGAACGAGUAACUUCUUGAUUGUUACGAAAUACUUCUGGAAGCGUAGAUCUUUGGCAACAGGCAUUGUGACAGCGGGGGCGGGUCUUGGUGUUUUUACCCUCGCCCCUUUAUGUCACCUGCUGAUUGACAAACAUGGACUACAAGGUGCGUAUAGAGUGCUGGGGCUUGUAACGCUUGCGAACUGCAUUCUUCCACUUCCGUACGAUCCCAACAUAAAAGAAGAUGAAGAUCCUGGAAAGAAGAAAGAGACUUUCUACAACCAAGGAGAUUAUAAUCCUGAAGAAUGCACAGCAGAAGCCUCAAGUAAAUGGAGGAAACUCAUCGACUUUUCUGUCUGGAAAGUUCCACUCUUUACUGUUACGGCUGCAUGCAGCACAGCAGUCGGCAUUGUGACAUAUACAGGCCAAUUUCAUUUGGUGAGUAAGGACCUUAAUUCUUUGUAGCCUCCCUUUGUACAUUAGAAGUAGUGGUAGAGGGAUGAAAUUAAGCCCCGUUUUGGCCUUCCCCUGCCUUCCGUAUGCCUUCCCUUUAUCAAUAUGUACAAGUGUCUUCCAGCAUACUAAUUUAGUGCCUUCCGAGUUCCCUUGAUUUCAUAUGCAUAAGAUAAGGGUAAGGGUCAUAAGGGUCGAGUCCAUGAGGUAACCCAUUGUUAUAACCUAGGGAAAAAGUGCUUUCCUCCAUACUAAUAAGACAGCUUCCAAAAAACAACAAUUAAUAUUAAGUAAUACAGAUUGAAGUUAAUAUAUUUUUUUAACAAUUGAACUAAAUUUCUAUUUAGAGACGGACAAUUAGAAAACUUUUCCGGGGGGGGGGCAAAGUACAAAAGACUAUUUUCACUAGUGCAAAUGAGAACUAGGUGAAAAAAAAAUCAUGCGCGUCAAGCAACCCGAACAAAAUAUUCAUUCAAUGACCUAAAAAAAAAUUCAUAUAAGAGAAAUGUCGACGAAAAGAAAAUUCAUGCGGCUGGAAAAUUCCCCGCCCCUCAUAACUUUAUUAAUGGUCGUCAAAAGCUCUAAAAUUUUACCGUCAACCUGUCAAAAUUUGCAAAAUUUAACCGUCAUCCGUCAAAGAGACCCUCAUUUUCGUGGAUACCCUUAUUCCCCGGUAAAUGGUCAAUAUUCACCUCAUGUUGCUUUGUGUGUACAAUUCAGCUUUGUUGGUGUUGAGGCAAAGUGGAAAAAAGUCUGUUUGGUUCUCUCCAAAAUAGUAUUGCAGGUGUAACGAUUUUUCUGAAAGCGGAAACAUUUAUGUUGUAUUUGUUUUUUCUCAUUGUGUUGUAAUGAGGUUUUGCUUUUCAUUGUUACUUUUUUAGGUUCGACAUUGUGAAGACUUGAAUAUAUCCGCUGAUAAAUCUUCUAAGCUCUUAAUGAUAUUUGGUGUUGUCUCUUGCGUGACGCGAGUAACUGCUGGAAGAUUGUGUGACAUUAGAGGGGUUAGAGCUAUUCACGUUUUCCAAAUAGGAGUACUUGUCAUUGGUCUUGCAGUUCUCAUGCUCGGAGUUGCGUCUACUUUUGUCCACUUUGUCUUCAUCAGCGUGUUCUAUGGAAUCGGGGAUGGAAUAAGCGUGACAGUUAGUAAUUUGUUGCUUCUUACAACUGUAGAACCUCAGAAAAGAGCCUCGGCGUUUGGGUUGGCCAACACUCUUAUAUCAAUUUCCAUAGCAACGGGUGCUCCAUUAGCAGGUUGGUACAAGCUUGCGCGGUUUAUUAUUAAUCGCUCCUUUUGGCUUUGUUAGUUGUUAAAUUAAACCCAUUUAAUAAUUAAUAAUAAUAAUUCUAAUAAUGAUAAUAAUUAUUGACACAGUAUAUAUAUAUAUAUAUAUUUUAAUCGAAAGGAAUUUUAAAUAGUGUUUAACUGAAUAGUUUUUUAAGCGAAAUAAAUUAUAAAUAGGAUUUUACAGUUAGCUUUGUUAUCAAUAAAGUUUCCAUUUUUAUAAUAAUAACAAUAUUACAGUAUAUAAUAAUAAUAAUGAUAAUAAUAAUAAUAAUAAUAAUAAUAAUAAUAAUAAUAAUAAUAAUUUGAUUAUCCUCUCCCUUGCCGGGAGAAAUAAUUCAAAUGAAACAUAACAAGGUUAAGAAUCCCAAUGGUAGGACGCAAACCUGUUGCCUAUUUACAGGACAGACGUAGCAAAAGAUUUGAACUCGCGACUACUAAGAACAAAUCCAGUUAGCGGUCAGGGCGGGACUUUGAACUCGGGGCCUCCAAAUUACAAUUUUAGCGCCAUAACCACUCGGCCAAGCUGUCUCCUUUAUUGUUUGAGUUCUCGACGGUAUUUGAACCCAUGACAUAUAACUGAACUCGGGUCUGGAGCGUCCUUUAGUCACUGACCAAUGAAAGAACUACUGAGACCAAUUCCUAAGUCCACAUAUGACGUACGUCAUGUAUGCAGUAACAACCUGCGACCAAGAACAUGUUGUUUUAAGAACCUGUUAGGCUAAAAUUUGCCAGUUAGGCCCCCCUGAUACAAGAACUUUUUUAGCCUUAAAUUUGAAAGAGGUUCUUAUUUUCUGGCAUCUAUAAAAAAAAUCGAUAUAGUUGGCUAAUAAGAUAUAAGUCAAAGUUCACGGUCCUCUUUAAAGACAAAAGUGCUUAAUAGUUCAUAGUACUCCAACUGCACUUGUAGUAUGUCAUGGUAUGUGUAAUCAAAUGGUGACGAGUGAAAUUAUUCCCUAAUUUCACGAGUAUACCAUCUUGAUUACCCAUUAAUAUCAGGGGUGACGAAUUACCUUAGCAAUCUUGGAUUUCUGGUAUGUUUAUUAUCCGGGAUCGUAUCGAUCGAGAACUUCACUCUCUCGAACGUCUGGAGCUUAAAUUGGGCUUUAGUUGAGGAUUUUUGGUCAAGAUACCUGUUAGAAUCCUUCUUUGAUGAGCUCUUUCGUGUGUUCAGGUUUUCUAAAGCGUCUUUUUAUACCCUGGAAUCUUCAUUCAUGACAUUUUAAAACUUCGUCGCCAUCUUGACACUGAGACGUACUAAAGGUUGCCACGGCAAUUUUGUAAUUUCACAUGUGGAAUUACAAAUUAUCGCUGAAAUUUCGCGCCAAAAUUAAGGAGUAGUUCGUCACCUAUGAUAUUAAUAGUAUUACAACUCCCCAAUUAAAACGGACAGUGGAGAUAGUCCCUGUAGUUCUUAAGUGAUCUUCUUUGACUCUUCAUAGGGCGGGCACCUCUCUUCGAAGGACACUUAGUGUGUCCAGUAUUUGCUCAAAAGUACUGAUACGUUUCCGUACGAGAGGGUCCUUCCAGCAGUGGGAGUCAGUUGAAAAUAAUUGACUCAGCAACUGCAGGGACUGACCCUCGAUAUCCGUAUUGCACUCUUGACUCAAUGAAAAACUUUUCUUUGCAGGAUUUAUAGCGGACCAAGCCGGUUCCUAUGUUAUAGCAUUCUAUACCGCUGGAUCAAUGGGCAUUCUGUUUGCAGUUCUGCCUUUCAUUUUACUCUGUGCAAAACAGGAAACCAAUAGAGAGGAAGUAGAUUCAUUAACAGUUAAUACGUGA